GUCCUCUCCUGCACUUGCGCAAAGACGGCAGCGUGACACGCGUGUGGAGGAAGUGUAGUGACUGACAGACCGCCAAACCAGAUCACCUUUACCGGCCUGGGCUGCAGUUUAUUCUCCGUUUACCGUAACAUGUCCUGGCUGUUCGGCCUGAAUAAGGGGCAGCCUGAGGCUCCCCCGGAAUUCCCGGUUCCACCGCCACCCCCUCCACCGGCUGGCGGCUCCGGAGGUGGCGGGGAUAAACCCAAGGACAAAUGGAGCAACUUCGACCCAACCGGGCUGGAACGAGCGGCCCAAGCGGCGAAGGAGCUUGACAAGUCUCGUCAUGCCAAAGAGGCCUUGGAUCUGGCUCGCAUGCAGGAGCAAUCUGUUCAGAUGGAACACCAGACCAAAAUCAAGGAGUAUGAGGCAGCAGUGGAGCAGCUGAAGGGGGAUCAGCUGCGUAUUCAAGGGGAGGAGAGGAGGAAAACUGUCGGCGAGGAGACCAAGCAGCAUCAAUCGAGAGCACAGUUCCAAGACAGACUUGCCAGACAGAGGUAUGAGGAUCAACUCAAGCAACAGCAAGCCCUGAAUGAUGACAACCUUCGCAAACAGGAGGACUCUGUGCUGAAACAGGAGGCCAUGAGGAAAGCAACAAUUGAGCACGAGAUGCAGCUGAGGCACAAGAAUGAGCUGCUACGUGUAGAGGCGGAGUCUAAAGCGCGGGCACGUGUUGAGCGGGAAAACGCAGACAUCAUCCGCGAGCAGAUCCGCCUGAAGGCAGCAGAGCACAGACAGACUGUACUAGAGACUAUACGGACUGCAGGUGCUGUGUUUGGGGAAGGAUUCCGGGCCUUUGUGUCGGACUGGGAUAAAGUCACAGCUACGGUGGCAGGACUGACCCUGCUGGCUGUAGGUGUAUAUUCUGCCCGGAACGCCACAGGCGUGGCGGGGCGCUACAUUGAGGCCCGACUCGGGAAGCCCUCAUUGGUCAGAGAGACUUCUCGCAUCACUGUGGCGGAGGCGAUCAAGCACCCGAUCAAGAUGUCAAAGCGCCUGACAAGUAAACCUCAGGAUGCCCUGGAGGGAGUAGUGCUCAGUCCUAACCUAGAAGAACGUGUACGUGAUAUCGCCAUAGCAACUAGGAACACGCGUCAGAACAAGGGCCUCUACAGGAACAUCCUCAUGUAUGGCCCCCCGGGUACUGGCAAGACCCUCUUCGCCAAGAAGCUGGCAGUGCACUCUGGGAUGGACUAUGCCAUCAUGACUGGUGGAGAUGUGGCGCCCAUGGGCCGUGAGGGCGUCACCGCCAUGCACAAAGUCUUUGACUGGGCCAACACCAGUCGCCGCGGCCUGCUGCUGUUUGUUGAUGAAGCUGAUGCAUUCCUUCGCAAGAGGUCUACUGAAAAGAUCAGUGAAGAGCUCAGAGCCACUUUGAAUGCAUUCCUGUAUCGCACUGGAGAGCAGAGCACCAAGUUCAUGAUGGUGCUGGCCAGUAACCAGCCAGAGCAGUUUGACUGGGCCAUCAACGACCGUAUUGAUGAGAUAGUCAACUUCGCCCUGCCGGGUCCUGAUGAGAGGGAGAGGCUGGUGCGUCUGUACUUUGACAGAUAUGUGCUGGAGCCUGCCACAGGAGGGAGACAGAGAAUGAAGCUGGCUCAGUUUGACUAUGGUAAGAAGUGCUCGGACAUCGCUAAGCGGGCAGAGGGCAUGUCAGGCAGAGAGAUCUCCAAACUGGGCGUGGCCUGGCAGGCGGCAGCCUACUCCUCAGAGGACGGCGUCCUAACGGAGGCCAUGAUUGAUGCUCGGGUGGACGAAGCCAUGCGGCAGCACCUCCAGAAGAUGGACUGGCUGCAUGGGGACACUGAGGCGGCUGGGGCCAAGAGCACAGCCUCUCCCAGCGCUGGACCAGCAGACAGCCGUAAGAUAGGCUUCACUCUGCCUCUAGGGGAGCCGCCGCAGGCCCAGGAGGUGCUCACUCCGGCUCUGGAGAUGGACAACAAACCAGAGGCCCCUGUCAUUCAGGAGGAGCUGAAACUAGAGGUGCCAGCCCCACCUUCAUCAGACAGUGCUGCCCUGCCUGUGGAGGAGGGGACCGUCCAGGCCAAGGGGGAGGGUGUCAAAGCAGAAGCGGUGGUAACACCUCAGGGGGAGGGGGCAGAGGGUGUAGCCCCGACUGAUGUAGCCCCUAGCAGUGAGGGUGGGACAGGGAAGGUGGGGAAGACCAAAGCUCCUCCCAAGGAUGGGACUCCAGUUUAACAUUAGGGGCCAAAGGAAGGACAGGGGCUGCUGCCUGGGAUUACAGGGAGGUCGCCUCUUGUUCCUCCUCAUUGUCUGUAGUCUCUGUCUGUGUACAUCUGUCUGUCUGACUGAAAUAGGUAGGGGGAGGAGGGAUGGAGGCACUAACAUUUUAUGAAGUAAUCCUGGAGAAGCUGGAGAGCUGUGAUAAUAUAUGAUUUGUGUAAAAUUGAAGAUAAGUGUACUUUACAUGGAAACCCUAUGUCUGUAAUAAUGUUGAUGUGCACUGUAAGAGAUGAUACUCUAUUUAAAUGGUGUGGAUGGAGAUGACUUACUUUUUAUGAAUAGUAAAAUAAUCCAGGUUUCUUA